GAUAUUUACGAGGUUGAGCGCGUUGUUGGACACAAGCGCAUAGAAGGCAGCGGUCUGUACUAUUGCCUCAAGUGGAAGGGAUACUCAAACGACGAGAACACAUGGGAACACGAGACAUCAGUUUUUUGCGAUGUCUAUGUCAAUGAGUAUUGGAGACGAUAUGAGAAAGCCGGAGGCAGCAGGGACGAUGCUCUUGGCGAAGACCCAGAAUUUAGACGGAUGAAGAGAUUAGCAAAGGCGAAGCAGAGCAGCAAAAGGAAUCAGGACGCAUUGCUGCCAGACCUGUCGCCACUACUAGAACAAUCCUCAACCAAUUCAUGGGAAGAUCAUGUGGAUAAGAUCGAGACCGUGGAGCAAAGGCCAUCUGAUCGAGGGGACUUGGUGGUUCAUCUACGGUGGAAGGCAGGACAAUUGACAGAGCAUGCAUCCCAGGAAAUCCACAAGCGGUGCCCUUUGAAGCUGCUAGAGUACUACGAACGCCAUUUGCUAUUUGUACAGGAAGGA